AUGUGGCUUGUCAAUUGCCUGUGCAUCACUUCUUUUAUCUUCGCGUUACUCUUUUAUCCCGUGCUGUCGCAAAUUGCAACAAACGAUUCAGAUGCUCAAAAGUCAAAACGAUCUCCACUGGCACCCUUCGGAUUAGGCGAUUCACCAGCUCCAGGGGACACCUCCUCUAUCAAUUGGCGCCUCUCUUUAGGCAACAUCAACACUACACACGUUGAUUUCGCGCCUACCGCUUCGAGGUCCGUGAAGCAGCACUUUCGCAAUAAGGGCAUCUACGUACGGGUGGCGAGUGAGGCAGCCCUGCCAAUCAUUCACGCCCUAAACGCUGUUUCUCUGCUUAACACGAGCUCCUCGUGGCGACCGGAGGUAAGGAUAAUCGGUGAUAACCUAGCGGUGAACUUAUCCUGGCCUUCAAGGAACAGUCAGCAGCGUCAACUCAGUCACUACCGUAUCCAGUUCCGCUACCGGGAGCCGCAUGAGCGCCGUUGGGAUCGGCCCUUCGUCGUUGUGCAGACUCGCCUCUCCGGCAGGCGAUUGUUACCACUGCGUAGUUUCAAGGCUGUUCCUGGGUGCAUAGCAAAGUGCGGUUGGGAGAUGUUUGAUAUCCUCAGCACAGCGAGUACUGACAGUGGCGACAAAGCUGGCAUCUCUUGUUUGCGUGUGGCACUUCUUCUGCCGGCAUCCUGUGCGGCCGAGCACUCACGCACGCGCGCCCACCAGUAUUGUUGCCAUAGCUACGCAGACGCACCCACCGCAGCUAGUCACCAUGCUACCCAGACGGGCAGGCGCGAGAGAGCAAGAGGACGGACAUGCGAAUACACUUCUGCCGCUACCGCCGCCGCCGCCUCCGCCUUGGCACGUGUGGUCGCGUCACACCUUUGCCAUGGACGAGUUUUCAACCUUGUGCGGGAGCCCUACAUGUACGUGACGAAUAAGCAACCAGGCGGACUGGAGGCUGGCAAGGUCUACCAAUUCCAGGUAGUCGCGGUCUUUGUUGAUGCCCAGGCGCCAGAGGAGAAGAGUCGGUGGUCCGCCGCCAUUUCCUUCGAUUACAUUUCUCCUGAGCCCCCUCUUGUGCGAGUUGCACGACGACUGCCGGACGGAGCAGUGCACAUCAAGUGGUCGAGGCCCUGGCGACAAAGUGACUUCAAGAUAACGCGCUUCAUAAUUCUAUUCCGCAAGGAAAAGCGGCUCCCAGGCGGGGAGACCGCUUUCCACGGUUUCCGACACAUCACUGCACUAGGAAACCUUGAGGUAGUAAUGGAUUGGUUUGCACCCAUUAGGAAGGCUGCCUCGAAGUUGACCUUUGUGGCCACUGGUUUGACUCGUCUGCCACUCACGGAUGAAGCGUCUGCUGUUGGGGAUGUAGGAGUAGCUGUGGCGGCCGCUGUGGUGAUGGUGACUUUGCAUCCUUUACGGGAUAUAUUAUUCCUUCGUGGUGUGUGUCUGUGUGUGCACCAAUCAUUCAAUUGCGUGCGUGCGUACGUAUGCGCUAGUGCGUGUGUGGUGAUGCUGACGCGUUCUUUUCCUUCUACCGCUGCUGCUGCUGCUGUGAGGGUGAAGAAAAACGUGGAGGAGGCAGUCACUGUGCAGGCCUCGAGUCCAUAUUUGACACACUGGUGCGUGCAAAGCACCUUCGUGCACACACGCUUACACGAAGAGAACCGCGCGUGCUUCUCCCCGUUGGAGUACAAGGUGACGCGACUCGAUCGAAGCGCCGGCUACCAAUUUGUGGUAUACGGGGAGAACACACCAGAAGGGGUCGAUCCUUCGAAGGCUCUAUUCACGGGUGGCCUUAAUGGUCGAAGGAUCACCGCCUUCAGUCAGGAAGUCUUCGUCCCCAUGGCUGUGGUGAGUCACCUCUCGCACCUCCGUCGUGCUACAGCUACCAAAGAGUUCGAUGGUGGUGUCAGUGGUGAUAGUGGAGGGAGUUCAUCCACCUUUAACAACCCACCGAGUCUCUUGGAUAUGAACACCACCUCUUCCAACUCCCUGAUGUUCCUCAUUCUCGGUGUGUUAGCAGGCGCGAUGCUCAUCGUCAUGACAUUUCUCAUCGCCAUCUGCUUCUUCCGGCAACGCAAGGAGAAACUACGGCUCCUCGCUCAAGUCAACGACAAAGACAUCCGACUGGUAGCGGGGCCGCCGGGAGCUAGCGGGGGAAGCAACGAGGUGGCGAGAGGUGGUGGUGGUGCUGAGUCGGUGGGUUCAAAGGCUGUCGCACCGAAGGGAGGAACAGGCUUCCUCCUAUCAGAGUUGACUCCGAUUGCUGUAGCAAAUUUUCGCACCGCGUCGACGCAACUCACCUCUGUCGCGGAGGAACGCGAGUCUCUCCUCCUACCUCCACCACAGCCCCCACCUCCUCCACUGCCACCAUUCUCUGCGUGUGAGUCUUGUCCUAGUGGCAGCUCCACCACUGCACCCAGCGAGUUCAACGCAGCGGUCAUGGAGAUGAAACGUGAACCCCCUAGUGGGGGAUCUAUCCAUGAGGAGUCCGAUGACGACACUGCGAAGCACGCGAAGGAUACAGUGGGGGCUUCAACCCCUCCUUCUACCCACAAGAGUGUCUUCUUCACCCAGAUCCCCUUCCACCUGCGGGCGUACCCUCUGCGCAACUUCCACCUCCACCGCCGUCCACCCUCUCCAGCAUUGGGGUCAGGGUCUGGGCUCCAGCGCUCCAGUCGUAGCCACCCCCAUGGCUGCAGCCACGACGAGCUGACGGGGUGGGGGCUAGCUGCGGAGGCAAGUGGCGCCCGACUGAGCAGGCUCGGGUCCCGUACCUUUGCCUACCCAAGCUCCAUUACUAGUGCGGAUGACUGGCUUGCGGGCCGACAUGCCUGUUCCACCCCCACCCACUUCCCUCACCUGACCUCGCGCGGUCUCUCCCCGCCACCUCAACGUAUUCAAGCCAUCGUACCACAGGUGGAUCGGAACGAGGUGAAAGGAGAGGUGAAGAAGGAGUUAGAAAUUUUACAGAAUCUUAGAGGGUGUGUUUCAGGACUGGGUUUUUGCCGUUUUCGCUCGGAUAGUGGAUGCAGUAUUCCUAUCCACUCUUCCUUCCUCUUCCUAUCAUGCUUGUUUUACAUGGACACGUUUUUGCUGGAAUAUAUACGCAUAAUUAGGCGAAAUUAA